ACAGCGGCUCCGUUCUGCGCGUUUCACGCACUUUUCUCAGGUUCCAAGUCCCGCAAAGUCCGAGGCGAUUCGGUUCCGUCCCGCUGCCUCCCGUUCGGGCCGAACCCUGAACUGGAGGGAUGGUUUUGUUUUGGGGUCGUUAAUCAGCGGGACACUUUGGAGGAGUUCCCGGACCACCCAGACCGAACCGGACCGGCUCGGUGCUCAGAUUUACGGCCGGACCGGACCGGAGCCCAACCGCUGCCCGAAUCGAAGCUGCUCCCCCCAAAGCCCGGCAGGAAGAUACCCAGGUUCAGAUCCUGGUUCUGUUCCGUUUCCAGGUUCUGAACAGUCCCGAAAGGCUCGUCCGGACCGGAUCCAAAUGCAGCGAAUGGCGUCCUUCAUCCUCCUCUUCCUCCUGGCUGUGGCGGGCGGAGCCAUCAGCCAAUCCAACGACUCGGCAGAACCGAUGUGCUUCGACUGGGGCGAGUCCAGCCAGGCAGCGGUUCUGGUUCUGGACGGGGAGGCCGGCUGGGUCUCCUGCCCGCUCUUCUCCCACCCGGCCGUCUACAACUACACGACGGCCCAGAGCGCCGGGCACGACCUGGUCUGGUACCGCCUGCUGGACGGCCAGGACCUGGAGCAGCCCAUCCCCUACAGCGCGCGGAUCAGCAGAGAGCGGGACCGGCUGUGGCUGCAGCCGGCCGAGGCCGACGACAGCGGCCAGUACAUCUGCAUGCUGCGCAACAAGUCGUCCUGCAGCAGGAUCGCCGUGCGUCUCCAGGUGCGGCGCCGGGACCAGGUGGACCGAUUCGCCGGAUGCCCAGAGGUUGCCAUGGCAGCGACUGAGGUGCUGAUCGGCUUCCAGCAGGGGGAGACGCUCACCUGUCCGAACCUGCAGGAUGCCUCCAAGAUGGCCGACAGCGACCCAAGGGUCAACUGGACCUACAAGAACCAAGCCAUGUCGAACUGUGAUCAUGACUUGUCCUGGAACAUUCACUGGGAGGUCGGAACCGGGUUCCGGAUCCAUAACAUGCUUGAAUCCUAUGAGGGCCUGUACAUCUGCACAGUCCAGUACCGGCGGAGAGGCGAGACGCUGAGCUUCACCAGGAGCAUCAGAGUCUCAGGAAUCUAUCCCUCCAACGCACCCAAAUAUCCAGCAAUCCUCAAUCCGACCAACGGCAAGGUCUUCCCGGUCAGAACCAACUCAGACGUCCAUCUGACCUGCAAAGGCCAGCUUCCUUUCAUCAUCGACAAACCUGAGCGGGAGAUUUGGUGGACGGUGGAUGGGAAGAGGGUGGAGCAGCUGAACGACGCGCGCUUCACCCAAACCAACAGCAGAACAACAGACGACCACCGUGACUUGACAGUGGAGAUCAUCCUGAAGAUCACAGACGUCCAACGUGAAGACCUGCAGAAAAACUUCACUUGCUCAGUGAGAAACGCACGCGGUUCUGUGGCCCGCUGGGUCCAUCUGGAGGAAGAGGUAUCGCUGCCCUCCGUGGAGCUGGGCUGCGGUCUCGGUGUCACACUGGUGCUCAUGCUGCUGCUCUUCGUGGUUUAUCACGUCUUCUGGCUGGAGCUGCUGCUACUGUACCGCUCCUGGUUUGGCACCGACGAGCGGCACACAGACGAUAAGGAGUUUGACGUCUACAUCUCGUACGCGCGGAACAGCGAGGAGGAGCAGUUCGUCCUGUCGACGCUGCGCGGUGUCCUGGAGAACGAGCUCGGCUACUCCGUCUGCAUCUUCGACCGGGACAGUCUGCCCGGAGGGACCAUCACAGACGAGACGCUGAGCUUCGUGGCUCGCAGCCGGCGCCUCCUGGUGGUGGUCAGCCCCGGUUACGCCUCGCAGGGCUCCCAGGCGCUGCUGGAGCUGAAGGCCGGCAUCGACAGCAUGGCGCUGGGCGGCCACCUGCGGGUCAUCCUGGUCCAGUACCGGCCCGUCCAGAGGCAGAGCCUGGUCCGGGAGCUGCGGCGGGCCCGCGUGGCACUGGCGCUGGUCCGCUGGAAGGGGGACAAGUCCAAGGAGCUGACGUCCCGCUUCUGGAAGCGGCUGCGGGUGGAGCUUCCUGUGAGGAGAGGCGGGGAGCAGGAUGGGAGCAAGGAGGCGGCGCUGAUGAGGCUCCUCAGUCAGAACAGCACCAACUCCCAGACCGGCCUCAUCAGCAACACCACCAAAACGCCUCACAACGUCCCGAACUCUGCAGCCUGACCCGGACGGCUCCGAACCAACUGGAGGAGCAAAACCAGUCCAACCAGUCCAGAGCCAUAAUGUCAGACCCGCUCACAGGAGCAGGUUCUGAUUGGUUGGUCCUGGAGGAGAGAACCAAUCAGGAUGCGCUAAUGGAGGCCACAGAAGAUUGGACUCAUCCGUGGAGACCCAGAGAAGGUCAAGUGACGGCGACCUGAGCCAAGAGUCGGGUUCAAACCGGAUCAGACACACUGGGCGCCAUUUUUAAAGUUAGCAUCGAUAAUUUGACAUAAGGGAGAAAAAUGGAAAUUAAUUUCUACAGUCAUAUUUUCAUUUCACCAUGUUGUUCAUUCAUUUAUAAAAGAUCCAAAGAAAUAUUUCAUCACCAACCUAAAUGCUCCACUACAGAUAUUCAGUUUACUGAUAUUCAGCUGAAUGAAGCUGAAUAUUUAUUUGAUUUGCUGGCUGGUUUUCUUCUCCUCAGUUUUCUGUUUGUUUUUCUGACUUCAGGUUUUCUGCAGACCGGAACUCAAAAUUACAUAAAACUCAGUAUUUCCCAGAACACGAGUGUCAUAAAUCAACUUCAUCUUCGCAUUUCGAGCUUGAACUUUUUCUUUGUGAUGUUUUCUUUUUUCUUGUUUGACUCAGAAUGUUUUCAUGAAUGUUGAGAGAAACCAUAUUUUCAAACAUUUGCCAAAAAGUCACAUUUAGUUCUAAAAGUGGAUUUACAGUUUUAUCAGCUGGUUAAAGGUCUGUCACAGGAAUCGAUCAGUGAAUGUAGCUCCAUGUAAAGACCAACGUGUUUCUCAUCUUUUGGAUAAUUAGUUUUUUGCUCCGCCUGGUGGUCAUUAGAGGAACUGCAUGUUUCAUCAGACGUUUCAUUGGAUCAUUUUGAAGAAAACCAACAUGGAGUUGAAGGACUGUGUCACCUUGACACAGUCAAGACGGAUUGAAUUAGGAUAUUUUAAUCCAAUGGAACUUUAAAUAUUGUCAUUUCUAGAUAUUAUUUAGUUUAUGUUUAUGUCAACAAAAUUACCUACAGUUUAAUGAGUUAAAAUACAUUUUUGGGGUUGAAAAAAGCCAAAGCUGUUUAACAUUUUACGCAUCAGUGUUUUAAUAUUGAACACAUUCUGCACUUUGUCCUGCUUUGCUGCAUUUGUUUUUUAUUAAUUUUCUUUUUGAUUAAUUAAAUAAUAUAUGCAUUAA